AUGUGCAAUCCUGAUCCUCGCCCUUGCAUGGGGAUGAUUCUUGCGAGGUGCGAUUGCAGUCAUGAGUAUUUCAACCAUGCUGGGGGCGGCGACGGUAACUGUGGAUGCGUCACCGCGCUUGACGCGCGGUGCGCCGAGGCCGGCGCGCAGUCCAGCGCUGGAACUGUUCGCAUCUACAUGGUGCAGGCGGACACCAUGAACGCGUCUGCGACAGCGGAGCCCGAGCCAGAGCCGGAGCCAGAGCCCGUCUCGCUGUCGCAGAUCCAGAGCGCGCAGUACGCAGUGGUCCUGAGCCCUCAUUUCCACACCCUUGGUGAGGUGCUGCCAGAGGGUCCUAGGUCGCCGCUCGGAGACCAUGGCAUCGCCACGUCCAGCAGCGCGGGCUAUUAG